UAGACUGAGGUUUAUAAUAGAACUUUAGCAAUUGAAAAAGAAAUGACGUUUGACCUAUGAAUCACUUUUGACCUUUGACAUGACCCAAAAACAUAAGUCCGAUCACUGAAUAGGCCGACUGAGCAAUCAGCAAAGCCAGCUCGAUCAGUCCAGUAGAGAAAUCUAAUCUCUGAAUCAGAUCUAGCCUGAGCCAAGCCUACAUGCUGCACUCUCACACACGCACAGCAGAGGUCAGGUGGAAAACGAAAGUAGGGGCCAAGAUCUGAUGACAUCUUUCAUUUAACCUAAUAGAAACGGAGUAAAAUAAAGACAAGUGACGGCGGUUAAAGGAAGGUGUCCCUGAAAAUGUUAGCACGCAGGAAAGCAACAUUGUGUCUGGGCAAGUUCUUGAGGUUUUCAGUUUGUGCCUCCAAGUCUCAACCAGAGAAAUGUUUCCUGCAACUUUUGACCCCUGCACUCAGGCGACACAGCUCCCAGUCCGGCCCACAGCACAGUGUGGCGAUUGUUGGCAGUGGACCUGCUGGGUACUACACAGCACAGCAGCUGCUCAAGGGUGACCCUGGUCUUGUCGUAGAUGUGUAUGAAAAACUUCCUGUUCCCUUUGGCUUGGUGAGAUACGGUGUGGCCCCUGAUCACCCUGAAGUUAAGAACGUUAUUCACACUUUUACCCAAACUGCUCAGAAUGAGAGAUGCAAUUUCUUGGGUAACAUAGAAGUUGGUAGGGAUGUCUCUCUGCAAGAGCUUCGAAAUGCUUACUCUGCCGUUAUAUUGUGUUACGGGGCAGCAGAAGACCGGACACUGGGGGUUCCCGGAGAAGAUUUACCUAACGUGAUAUCGGCAAAGUCGUUUGUUGGGUGGUACAACGGCCUUCCUGAGGAUAAAGACUUGCCAGUGAACCUGGACUGUGAGUCAGCCGUUGUUCUGGGGCAUGGCAAUGUGGCGCUGGAUGUGGCCAGGAUUUUACUCACUCCCAUCAACAUGCUCGAGAAAACAGACAUAUCGGAGCAUGCUCUGGACUGUCUGCGGAGAAGCAAAGUGAAGCGUGUUCACUUGGUGGGCCGCCGCGGGCCGCUGCAGGUGGCCUUCACCAUCAAGGAGCUGCGGGAGAUGGUCAAACUUCCUGGGACACGACCCGUCAUCUCUCCUCAGGACGUCCAGGGACUGGAUAAAAUUAUCAAAGAUCUGCCGCGGCCACGACGACGUCUGACUGAGCUGAUCCACAAGACGGGCACUGCGGUCAGGCCAGGGUCAGAGGAGGUCAAGGAGUGGACGCUUCACUUCUGUCGCAGCCCACAGAGAAUACUGACCUCUGCCGGUGGGGAUGUCGCUGGCAUUGAGCUGGUGGUGAAUAGGUUACAGGGUGAGACGUUAGAGAGCCAGAAAGCUGUGGCGACUGAUGAGAGGGAAAUUCUUCCUUGUGGAUUGGUUCUCCGCAGCAUCGGCUACAAAAGUCUACCUCUGGACCCCAGCGUGCCUUUCAGCAAGGGGAAAAACAUCAUCGACAAUGAGGACUCCAGAGUGAAGGGAGAACCAGGUUUGUACUGUACGGGCUGGAUCGGACGAGGUCCUGUCGGGGUUAUAGCUGACACGAUGAACUACGCGUUUGACACAGGACGCACUGUGCUGCAAGACCUGGACAAUGGGCGUGUCGCCAGGAGGGAGCUUGGGUGUCGGGACCAACUCUUGAAUAAGUUACGCAGCAAAGCUGUGACGUUUGAAGACUGGGAGAAAAUUGACAUGGCUGAGAUGGCAGCGGGAGAGAAAAUCGGCAAACCUCGGGAGAAGCUGGUGAAUGUGGAGGAAAUGUUGCAAGUUGCCUGUAGAUAAUGCUGGGCCUUCCUAGAGGUCUGGUCGUCAAAAUUUUACCUCCAUUUUGAAAUGAUUAUUCGUUGAAGGUAUUGUAUACAGUUGAAAUUGUUCAGGAGGGUCACCCAUUGUUGAGGAGAAAAGUGGUUGUCAUAGACAACUGGAUUUGAAUAGUGUCAUUAUAAUAAAAGAAAAACGCAUAAGGGGCAGUGGGAAGUGAGAAGUGGUUGUCUUGGACAAGUGACCGAUAGGACAAGUUCGACUGUUUACAUACACAUAUCUGCUUUAAUACAUGAUCUCUUGAGGCAAGUGUCUGCUGUGAGAAUACUUGACAAUUUUGUCUCCUUAUUUAACGUUCAACCAGAUGUGCACUGGCACAAUCAGUAGAAGGACCCUCGGCAACAUUUUGGAGAGAGCAACGGAGCAUCAAUGGAUAUGUCCGGAGUGCAGGGAUGUUGCUUCCUGAAACAAGAACAAGUCUCCUUAUUUACCUCAACAAACUCUUCACUCUAAAAGUUAUUAUAUAGAUGGACUUUUUAAAACUAUAAUUAUAAUUGAUAUAACUGUAGCAAUAAUAGUGGUGAUAGUAGAUUCACUUUUCUGUUUUUCUCUUCUUUUCUCUACCUCGGAUAACCCUAACUUUUACUUUGCAAAUUGCCAAUGUGGUUUUGUCAGUUUAAUCGCUGCCUCAAACACUGAAGAACACGUUUUUAAUAGAGGGCAUGGCCACUGACAUUCUGCGGUGAUGAAAUUUACAGACCGCCCUUUGCACAAACGUGUUAAAGUGGGUAGUUGGUGGGGGCUCUGGGAUGGUUUGCUUCUUUUUGCUUAUUGAACAUCUAUCGUCCCAAU